GGAAGGUUUUUAGCAGCGGAGCGGGCGGCGGUGCCGGAAGCCGCCGGCGGCUCCGCCAAGGGUGGCGGCAAUGGCGGGCUGGGGCCUGCUGGGCCGGCUUGGGGGGCGGCUGUGGGCGGCAGCGCCGGGGAGGCCGCUCUGGGCCGCGGCUUCUGGCAGCAGGGGGCAGCUGGGCUUUGUAGUCAGGCAUGUUAACAGUGCAACAUGGUGGCACGAGCAUCUUUCUGAAGAGAAUGUCGAGUUCCUCAAGAAGAUAACUGCAGAGGAAUAUAAAGCUCAGACAGCCAGCAAGCUGUGCCCUCUGAAAGAUGAACCGUGGCCACUGAACGAGUGGAAACCAGAUUCCAUCAGAGUUGGUGUUGUUGCAGUAAAACUGGGAAUGAUGCCAAUAUGGACCAAGUCAGGAAAAAAACACGCUGUGACACUCCUUAAGGUGCAAGAUUGCCAUGUUUUAAGAUACGUUUCAAAGGAAGAGUCAGGUGGAAAAACAUCUAAACUACUUGUUGGAGGCAAAAACGGAUCUCCUUUUUUUAAAUCAGAGGCUGCAAUGGAAAUUUUUAAAGAAGCUGGAGUCCCGCCAAAGCAGAAAGUUACAACAUUUAAUGUAACAGAUGAUGCCAUUAUUAAACCAGGUACUCCUUUGUAUGCUGCUCACUUCCGCCCAGGGCAGUUCGUGGAUGUUACUGCAAAAACAAUUGGUAAAGGUUUUCAAGGUGUCAUGAAAAGGUGGGGAUUUAAAGGCCAGCCUGCAAGCCACGGCCAGACGAAAACUCACAGACGUCCUGGAGCAAUAUCUACCAAUAAAGCUUCCAAAGUUUAUCGUGGAAAGAAGAUGCCUGGUAAAAUGGGUAACAUCUAUAGGACAUCCUUUGGAUUAAAGGUGUGGAGGAUCAACACAAAACAUGACAUUAUUUACGUAAAUGGAUCUGUUCCAGGUCACACAAAUUGUCUGGUGAAGGUCAAAGACAGCAAAUUGCCUACUUACAAGGACUGCAAUAAAAACCCUCCAUUCCCUACAUUUUUUGCUGAUGGAGAUGAAAACCUACCAGAAGACCUGUAUGAUGAGGAGAUUUUCCAGUUCACAGAUCCAUCUGUCACAUAUGCAUAAUACUCUUCACAUCUCUGAAAACACACAAGUCUAUUAUUUUCACGAACUUUACAAUGCUGUAUAAAAAGUAAACCUGUGAAUUGCAGCCUGGCCAACUGACGUGAAUGUUUCAGAUCUUGCCAUUUUGGUCAGGUAACAAUAUUUACCACUGCCAAUUUCAAACCUGUAUUUAAAGCAGCAGGUGAGUCUGAGGGGCAGGUUGUAAGGCACACCAAACAGUUUGUGUUAAGUGAUCUUUUGUCCUCUGUUUCAGGCUGCAAAACCUUAGACAAUUCUGAAAAACUGUGGGUUUUUUUAAGAUGGUUGCAUUUAAUUUUCUGAAUGCUGCCAAACGCUGUUUCCUUUUUUUUUUGGAGGGUGUUCUGACCAACUCUGAUCAGUCAAAAAGCUUUCAAAUCUGCCUUGGCAUCUGGGGGGAUGGAUAAAUCAGAUAUGAGUCCAACUUUGUGAAGAAUAAUCCAAAAUAAAACAGGAAAAUACAUUA